ACCCUCCCGCCAACAUCAGGACCGAUACCAAGCUUCGAACUCAGAGAGCACGGUUCAUUUCCCGCCUCCCCAGCUAUAAAUACCAAUGCAGCUUACAGCGGAAGCGAUGAUCUCUUUCGCUGCUUUCAUUUCUCCGGGAGCAGAGAAACAUAUCAAUUUGAAGAGAACAAGCUUUCAAUCAAGCUGUCCACGAGGCAGAUGGCAGAAUCACAGAAUGGCACUUCUUCAACUGUUGGUUCGAAAAAGAAAAGUCCUCUGCUAGAUGAAGAAAUUGGAGGGGAUUUUCUCAACUCCUGGAAAUCAACGACAGUUGGGGAAGGUGCAUUGGAUUUUAACUGUGAGGCGGUUCCCCAGGGCAGGAAAAAUACCUUCAAUUUUGACAAGAUGAAUAUCGAUUUUGCACUUGAUGGUGAUUUUGACAAAAUAUCAUCCUUCAAGAUGGACAUGUCCGACCUGGAUUUCUCCAGCCCACCCAGAAAGGCUGAGAAGCCCAAGGAAAGAUCUGGAAAAGAAUCACUCUUAGGGAAAGAGGAACGAAAGCAAGAUCGGUUCACCUUCAGUUUUGAUUUCAAUGAGCUGGAUGGUUUUGAUCUGGAUUCAAGCUUGCUGAAAAGGGAAAAGAAAUCUGACAAAGUUGCAGUUAAUAAGGCACUUGAUUCACCAAUUAAACAUGUGAAGGGUCAACAUUCCAUAAGCAAUGCAGCUACAAGUAGUGAUAAGCUUGAAAUCAGUGGCACUAAGAAAUUACCAACGUUAGACAGUGGAACCACAUCAAAGUUUGACCAUCUUGUUAGCAGCCAUGUGGACAUUGAUACUUUUCCCGGUUGUAAAAAUCCUGGAAAUCAAAAUGUGUCUCCUGAUGCUGCAACUUUUCCGGAGAAACAAAUAACUACAGCUGCACAAGAAGGAAGUAGAGAAUGUAAUGAAGCCCAGCUGCAUAGAGAAAAAUCGGAAAUGAUAGCCUCUGUGGAACCAUAUGCGCAACACGCUAUCCAAGAUACAUCUGCUCAAUCUGUUUCUGAUGGUGAUUCAGUACUUCAAAAUGUUCCAAAAUUACAAACAGGGCUUUGUUCCUUAGAUGCAGAAGCAGAUACUAAGUCAUGCAGAGAACCAGAUCAUAGUGUCAAAUCGAUAGUUAGUUCACAGUCCCGGAAUUCUAGCCCUGUUAAUUCAUAUAAUCCAAAGGGUUUGACACCGACAGGUACAAGAGAAUCACAGAACUCUGAUACUGAGUUCCAGAAAGAUUCAGGGAGCCAAAAUCAUGUUGCCAGGGGAAAUAAAACCAGGAUUGAAUCAACCCAAGCCAAAAUAAGUGUUCAAGAUGCUCCUAUUAAGCCUAUCUCACAGAAACUGCAUGCCAUGAAAGACACUGGAGAAAACUUGAAUUCAAUUCCAAAGGUUCUUCUAACACCAUUGCGUAGGGAAUCAAGACUUGAUAAACUUGUGACAAUGAAAGAAAAAGAAACUGAUGCUGUCCACUCGAAGUAUUUCAGCAAAUCAGAAGAUACUAAAUCUCAAUUGUCUUCACCACCAGCUGCAAAGAAAAUGUAUGCAUUCUGUGGCAAAAAAAUGGAAGGCAUGCACCUAGGCCCCACUGAUGGGAAAAGCCAUGAAUUUAGGGAAAGUGAUGAACAAGCCGGGAUUCAAAAGGUCGGUACAUUGAAGUCAUUAAGCAGACCUGUCACAAAAGGCUUAUCUGUUAUAUUGGGAAGUGAAAAGAAUGAAAAGGAGCGCGAUACAUCGCGUUUUGAAGUUAAUCCUGUCAACUUACCAGUACACACUGUUCCAUCAAGCACUCCAAAGAGUAUCAAUACUAAACUUGUACUCUCAAGCAUUGUGCCUAUAAAAAACCCUAAGAUUACUUCUGUUGAGAGGCCUAAGCUUUCUCCUCUGAAUGUUGAUAAGAAAAAAAAUGAAAUUGCUAGCUUGAAGAUUUCAAGGAAUAUAACAUCAAAAAGUGAGCCUUCAAAGUCCAUGUUUAACAAAGAAAGGGAAUCAGUAAAGCAUUCAGAGAGAAAUAUGGGGACAUAUGUAAACAUGGGAUGCAAGAUGGUCCAUUCUGUGAACAUGGACAAACUUGCACUGUUAAGCACAUCUUUGAAGCGAAAAUCAUUUGAGGGAUCAAAUGCAGAUUCAGUGACCUUCAAUCCAUUAAAACGUGCCACAGAAUCUCCCACAGAAAGCAGGAAAGUAUGGGAAGAUCCCCAAAGAACUGAAGAGAAAAGGGCAAGUUUAUCAAAAGAGUUUCAUGCAUCUGCUGAGAAUCUAGAAGAUCAACAUGGAGAUAUUUGCUACGGCCAGCCGACUUCUCCACUUGAUCUUCCUCUAGAGGCAAGCAUGACAGAUUUGGAAGUCCAGAUACUGACAGAGAGUGAUGGAAAUGUAGAAAAGGCUGAAGCCUGUGCAAAGGAGCUUGAAGAUAUAUGCAACAUGCUGAGAAAGAAACAUGAGGAAGCCAAGGAGCUAUUGGUUCGUGCAAUCGUAAACAACAACCAACUGCUGAUGCUGAAUCAUCCCAUCUAUGAAGAGAAGAUCCGAACAAUUCAGAGGUAUGCUGCCUGCAUGCUGUCUCAGCAGAAUCAACCUUGAGUGGCUCUUCUUGGGGGCGGAUGCAGAAAGAUUACAUCGCUACUCUCUACUUUCCAUGCUUAUGCUGUGGCACAUGUAUCAUCAUGCUGGUGCAUGCUCAGCUCCAUGCAAUUGAAGUCACAGCUGAUUGGUUGUUUUCUCUUUACUGUAAAGAUUGUAGCAAGCGAUUGUCUUCCUUUCUCCGACUCUAGUCUAGACUCGUAAACAGUUUCACAUUUUCUCA